UUCAAUCUGCUGCUAAUAAUGUGAUCAAACCAGCACUAUAUUUUCAUUUCACUAUAUAUUAUUUCCAAUUAUAAAAGUCCAUAGUAAUAAGCCAAAGAAAUCUGUAUUUAAUGUUUCAAAUAACUUAAAAUGAGAUUAUCUCCGCGUCUGCUGUCUUCAGCUGCUGCAUUAUUCUUAACGUGUGCUGUAUCCGCCGCUGCAUAUUUUUAUAAAAAAAGAUCCACUGAAAUAAAUGAAGUGAUGGUGUUCUGUAAAUUACAAUUCAACGCUUUCAAUUAUUUCGACAAGUUAGUCAGUUUUAUAGAAAGUGCAAAACGCAGCGUAAAUGUUUGCAUGCCUAGCAUACACAACCCUGCAAUACAAGCGCGUUUGGUAACUUUAAUCAAAUCGAAAAACGUAAAGAUCCGAAUUGUUAUAGAUCGAUCAGGUUACAAUGAAUCAACUGAAUUUUUCAUCAAAGAACUUAUAGAAGCUGGGGCUGAAAUCAAGUGCAAACUAACCCCGCCUAUAUUUCCGAUGCAACACAAAUUCUGCCUAGUCGACGACAACAUUCUGAUGACGGGAACAUUGAAUUGGGGUAAUGACCGGUCCUUUGAUCAUUGGAAUUAUGUUUACAUCACAAGCAAGCAACAGUUAGUAGAACCUGUUAAGAAAGAGUUUUAUCAUAUGUGGAAAAUCUCGAGUGAUGUGCAAACAGUAUUCAAUAUUUACUGUGACAGUGACGCGGAAACAAUCGAAGUACGUAAGCCUGAUGAAAUAUCUAUGCUAGAUGAUAGUGGUAAAGGUGACCAUAAUCAAGAAAUCAGUAAUGUGGACACCCCCAUAGCCAAUCAAAUGACAAGCGAUAAAUUGAGUUCUUCCCAAUUAAUAAUAAUUGCUUAGAAGUGUAAAUGCUUAGAGAAUUAUGUAAACUGCACAGAUAAAUAAUUCUUAAUUUAAAAAAAUGCCAAGCUUACAUCAAAAUUAUUAAGCACUAAAAAAUUAAGUAAAUUCACAAAGCACUUAAUAUAAUUUUACUAUAUUAUUGUUAUUUUAAAAAAUUUAAAUAUUUUAUUAUUAAGACUCUUUAAUGUAUUUUAU